AUGGCUACACCACCGUCUUCGAUCGAAGAAAAUGGCCCAUUCGAGAGGGAAGUGGCCACUAGUAAAGAUACAGCCGCCGAGGCGAAGCGUGCCAGACGAUCCGAGAUUGAGAAGAAGUCGCGACUGAGAAGACUCGACAUUAUCAACCGCAUGCGAGACGAAGUGAAGCAGUUAGAGAACGUAUACGCUGCCAUGUCCAGGAGCGCUGCGAGUUCUUAUAGGUUAAUGCAAUCGCACCAUGGUCUCAGUGACUUCAGUGGCGCUGCUUCGAUGGACGAGUUGCAGCGGAAAUACUCGGAGUUGACGCUCGUGACGCAAGAACUGGAGAAGGAUCAAGCGGCGAUUCGAAGGCUGCUGCAAGAGCACGAGUUCUAUCAGAGGUAUACAAGAAAUAUGUCAACGGAGGACGCGUUCGCGAUCUGGGACAGCGGCAUCCCUACGAGUUUGUCCUUUGCCGCCAAGUUCCGGCAUCUCUUGACUUCCGAGUGCUACGAGUUCGCGCGGAAAACUUACGAGGAGAUUCGGAAGUUUACGGAGUGUGGGAUCUUUGACACGACAAUGUCGAGCUUUAUGGGCUGGACGGACAAGCGCAAGUAUUAUUCGAGUACUCAGUCACUGCUGUUUGCCUUCACCAAGCAGUUUCCGUCGGAGAACGUGGAGGAGCUGUUCACCAAGACGUGGAACAUGUUUUUAAACGGAUCUGAGCUGGCGAAGAUGGUCUUUGACGCUUCUACGCGGACUCGACUCCAAGUGCUGCAGGUGCUGGAUAGAGAUCUCUUAGUUAUUCGUCGAGACCACUACACCCCAAGGUUUCCGAUUACGCUUGUCUCGGUUCAAUUAAUGUUUCGACUGCAGACGCCGACAGGGUACACCUUCUGCCUGCGUACGAUCCCUUCGCCAGAGAUACAAAAUGCUACGAAGCCUGGUUCAACGCAUUCCAUUGAAUACUUUAACCGGCUGUAUGAUGGAUACGAUAACCCUGCAGGCUGUGAGGUGGUGCAUGGUGGGUCCGUCGACGAUCACGACCGGCUCAGAUCCAACUACUGGCUGUACGAGAUGGUUUGUAGCGUCUUGCGCUGGGAAAGCUCCACUAUUGCACCUCUGUUUCUUCUGCGGACGUGA